AUGCAUUAUUUGUUUGUUUUAUGUAGAUAUGAUUUGGUUUUUGUACCAUUUACUGGGAUUGAUAAUCAUUUUUGGAAUGUCACGUUUGGUGGUGCAUUACUUGGUUCUGAGACUGCAGAUUCUUAUCGAUGGCUUUUAAGGUGCUUUGUUAAUGCUUUUGGAAAUGAUCCUAAAGUUGUUGUUACUGAUCACGAUGCUGCAAUGAAGAGAGCUAUUAAAGAUGUUCUUUCAAGAAGUAGACAUAGGUUAUGUAUGUGGCAUAUAUGGGAGAAAUUGAAGACAAAGGUUGGUCCUGUUUUGUCAUCCAACAUUGAGUUUAAUACAAGAAUGACUCGUGUUGUUUGGAAUGAUACUAUUAUUCCAGAAGAUUUUGAAACUGAGUGGCAUUCAAUAAUGUCUACUUUUGGAUUGGAAAAUCAUGAAUGGUUAAAAGAUAUGUACGAUCUUCGAUUUGAUUGGAUACCCUCUUAUUACCAUGUAGAGAAUUUGGCUGGUCUUAUGCGUAUUACGUCUAGAUGUGAAAGCGAGAAUUACUUCUUUGGUCAGUUUUGUAAUCCAAGAUGUAAACUUGUUGAAUUUUUCACUCAUUUUGAGAGUGCAAUGGAUUUUCAAAGGCAUGAGCAUAGGAGGAAUGAUCAUGAUACAAGGUAUAUUCAGUCUAAGAUCUGGAGUGACUUUGUAUUGGAGAAACAAGCAUCAGAAAUAUAUACCAAAACAAUUUUUAAAGAUAUUCAGAUUAAAAUUGAUGCUGCCAUUACAAAGUGUAUAUCAAAGACUCAUGAUACUGUGGGUGAUGUUCAAUAUUAUGAAAUAAAGGAUUUCAAACAGCCAUGCACAUCUUUAUUCAAGGUUCAAUACAACAAACAAGAAGAUGGUUUAAGUAUAAGCUGUACUUGCAAACGAAGAUAUGUUCUUAGAAGAUGGAUGAGAGAUGUUGUUUCGAAUGGCUCAAUUCAUUGUAAUAUUCGGUUUGAUGAAACUGGUAGGAGUAGUGACAUUAAUAAAGUUUUUAGAGAAAUCGUUGUAGCAAAUGAAUAUGUGGUUAAUAGGUUGGUUGGGGAUUUAGAUGAGCUGUGUCGUUAUAGAGAUCAUAUUAAAGGUUAUAUUGAUAAAGCUGAUGAGGUCAUGGUCGCUGCGCCGCCUCCUAGUUGCAAAGAUAGGUUUGCUGAUAUGGGAGGGAACUUAGAAAAGUCUGAUUCUAUGAUUCGUGUCCCGAUCAAAAUAAGGACAAACGAUGCGGUGUACAAAAAAGGAUUAAGUCUAAUCGUGAGAUUGCAAUUCAGAAAUCAUCAAAGAUCCAGAAAUUGUGUCGUGUAUGUGGUGGAAAAGGACAUAACAGUCGUACAUGUAAAGAGAAGGUUUCUUCUAAUGCUAUAG